AUGGACGGAAACACAUGGUAUCAAGAACGGUUAGAUGGUGAUGAGGGUGACCUAUGGCGACAAGCAAGAUAUUUAUUUUUAUUUAAUAAAACUUAUGCAUCAGUACUCAAUUUGUUUGAGUUAGAAGUCGAUAUUUUUGAUGAUCUGCCUAGACCGAUAGCUAUUAGAAAAGAAGAAAACAGUCGGCACAUAGUUGAAAAUGCUGAUCAGCCGAUGAGGGAGCAAUCAUGGACAGUAGAAGUUAAACAAUUUGUUCGGAUUCUAUUAGAUCGUAUUGUGACAAGAUGGAAACCAGAAUAUAUGAAUGUAAAACGAAUAUCAAUUCAAAAAUUACAUGAAAGUUUAACGCCAGUACCACUGGAACAAAUACUAUCAACAUUCGGUAAAGCACAAAGCUUCGAUUAA